CCUGUUCAACCCCACCUCUCGCUCUCACUGCGUCUGCUCUCACUUGGAGAGUAAGCUCCCCUGAUCCUCCACACAGACUAAGUUUACAGGCUGAAGCAGCAACAGCAGAAGCUCCUCCCUUUCGACACAUCUGGAACAGUGUUAAAGCGGAGAGGAGCGCACCAACACUCUCCUGAAGGAUAGCAACACAGUAAAAGUUGUUCAAAUCAGGUUUUUAAGAGGACUGACCUUUUUAUUUUUCUUGCAUACUUAAAGUUAACUGUGGACAGCUGGUUUCCUGAACAUACCACACAGCUCCAUUUACGCUACUCUGACCUGUGAAAGAUCUUCCUGCCCAUCAUCCCUCACUGACAGCUUCUACUUGCUGCAAGAUGCCUUUGGGAGGAGGAAACAAGUGUGGCCGCUGUUCAAAGACGGUUUACUUUGCAGAAGAGGUUCUCUGUGACGGGCGGAGCUUCCAUAGAUCCUGCUUCCUGUGCAUGGUGUGUGGGAAGAAUUUGGACAGCACAACUGUUGCUGUUCAUAUGGAUGAAGUCUACUGCAAGGCAUGCUAUGGUAAGAAAUAUGGGCCAAAAGGCUAUGGUUAUGGCCAAGGAGCAGGAACCCUCAGCAUGGACAAAGGAGAGUCCCUGGGAAUUAAACCUGAAGAACCCGGUCCCCAUCGUCCUACCACCAACCCAAACCCCUCCAAGCUAGCUCAGAAGUUUGGAGGAUCAGACAAAUGCCCUCGCUGUGGCAAGUCUGUCUACGCUGCUGAGAAAGUGAUGGGAGCUGGGAGUGCAUGGCAUAAGUCUGGAUGUUUUACAUGCGCCACUUGUGGGAAGAGCCUUGAAUCAACCACACUAGCUGAUAAGGAAGGGGAAAUCUACUGCAAAGCUUGUUACGGCAAAAACUUUGGUCCCAAAGGAUUUGGCUAUGGACUGGGAGCCGGGGCGCUGGCGCACACUCAGUAGGAACCGCGUAUCUUCAGCAGCACAGCUCCAGAUUACUGCACUGCCUGGCUCUUCCUGCAGGGGGCAGACGACCUAUAUCCACAGACGCGCUUGAUAGAAAGCUGCUUUUAUAAACUGUACAGUCGAAAGGAUGACACCUUCAUAAUCCCAUAGAAACAGGUGAAUACUAUUGCAGUGCUGCCACAUAUGCACAUUUAGUGAACAUGAAUAUCUAUGUAAAACUGCAUGGGUGAUUUGCACUCAAAAAUAUCGUCCUCUCAUUAAGAAUUAUUUUUUCUCUCAACACUUGCAACCCCUGGUGUUGUCAUAAAAAAUGAUCGCCUGCCAAAAACGAUUUCCGGUAUUUGGCCCGAAAUUAUUGUUCGUACUUAAAUGGUUGUAAAUCACUUGUUGGUCUGUGAAACGUGUGUCAAACAUCUCUCUUGGUUGAUAUCGAGCCACUUGAAGUCAGAAGAUAUAUUUCUGUCAUGAGGUAGAAGCUGCAAUCAGAGACUUUUAUACAUCCUUUAAUAACGAAUGUAAAACUGUCACUGCAGCAGAGGUUGCACCAAAUAACACAACAGUUAUACAAAGAUGUUUUAGGUGGAUUGAUUAUAUUAUAGAAUAUAGAGUGUGUACAAUAAUGUCAAAAAGAAACCUGCUAAACAGAUGAAUUUUUUAUUUUAUAUAUAACACCUUCGUAAAUGGUGCUGACUGCAGACUAUUUAUCAAUAUAAACAGAGAUAUUAAAAAGAACAGCACACAAACACACACAAAAAGACAUACAAUCAACGGAAAUCACUUUUUGUCAGACGAUCACCUUUUAACAUCACAAGAUAACCUAUACAGCCAUCUAAAAUUUCACAAUUGCGGUAUGCUUUCUGAAUAGCAUGAUGAUAAAUAAACUACAGAGAGAAUGUA